AUGUCGUUGAGCCCAAAGCACACAACGCCUUUUUCAGUGACAGAUAUUUUGAGUCCAAUCGAGGAGACCUACAAGAAGUUUAGUGGCAUGGACGGCGCAGGGAACCUAACCUCUCCACUGGGAGCCUACCGACAGCCUCAGGUGUCUCAGACCGGCAUGCAACAGCACUCCAUGGGCCAUAACGCCACGGUGGCCAGCACUUACCACAUGCCGCACAGCGUCUCCCAGUUCUCCCACAGCGCAAUGGGAGGAUACUGCAAUGGAAGCAUUGGCAACAUGGGAGAUCUUCCGUCGUACCAGGAAAGCAUGCGGAAUAGCGCAGCAGCAACAGGGUGGUACAGCGCCAACCCUGAUCCAAGAUACUCCACAAUUUCUAGAUUCAUGGGACCUUCCACAGGUAUGAACAUGACCGGCAUGGGGAGUCUCACAGGAAUGGCGGACGCCACCAAAGCCAUGCCGGCUCUCCACGCUGCGCCCAGGAGGAAACGGCGCGUCCUGUUCUCACAGGCUCAGGUCUACGAGCUCGAGAGGAGGUUUAAGCAACAGAAAUACCUGUCUGCGCCUGAAAGGGAGCACCUGGCCAGUAUGAUACACCUGACGCCGACUCAGGUGAAGAUCUGGUUUCAGAACCACCGGUACAAGAUGAAGCGCCAGGCCAAGGACAAGGCAGCGCAACAGAUGCAGCAGCAGCAACAGGACGGUUCUCUGUGCCAACAACAGGCGCAGUCCCCCAGGCGCGUAGCCGUGCCUGUUCUGGUGAAGGACGGUAAACCGUGCCAGAACGGCUCAAAUACGCCAACGCCGAACCAGCAGCAGGUACAACAGAACCAACAGCAAAGCCAACAACAGAGCGGAGCUGGAGUCGUGCUCGCAUCCUCCACCAACAGCCUCACCCAGCAUCAAAACCAGCAGCAGGUGAACACUUUGGAGCUGGAAGAGAUGUCGCCCAGCCCUCCCUCACUGCACAGCCAGCUGAACAUGGCACAGAUAGACACAUCUGCUGUAGAUUACACCAGUAACAUGGUCAGCUCAAACCUCCUGUACGGCAGAACGUGGUAG